AUGACAAGAUUAACGACUGACUCGAUUCAUGGAGCUGAUAAUAUGAGGCGUGUCACAGAUGUGAUCCCACCAAUUAAUGUCUCUACCACUUUUGCAUAUUCUUCCAAUCCGGAUGAUCUUGUUCCAGUCGCCGAAACCACUGGUACGAUCGCUGGCUCAAAGACAUUCAUCUAUUCUCGUGAACAUCAUCCCAAUGCAGCUAUGAUUGAAGCUAUAUUUGAAAAAAUAACUGGAAAAUACGCUGUGGUUUAUAAUUCCGGAUUAGGGGCUUAUAAUGGGUUAAUUACUUUAGUUAAUCCCAAAACUGUGGCUAUUGGUCAAGCUUAUCAUGGUGUACAUGGAAUCAACGACAUUUGGGCUCGUAAUUUCGGAUUAAAGAAGAUUCAUAUUGACGAUGAUUAUAACAGUUUAAAACCAGGGGAUUUGGUUCAUUUGGAAAGUCCAAUGAAUCCUUAUGGGACAAAUAUCAAUCUUGAAGAAUAUGCAAAGAGAGCACAUGCCAAGGGAGCUUUGGUUUCGGUUGAUGCGACAUUUGCUCCACCUCCAUUAAUGGAUCCAUUUGAAUUGGGAGCUGAUAUUGUUAUGCAUUCGGCUACUAAAUUCUUUGGAGGUCAUAGUGAUUUAUUAGCUGGGGUGUUGUUAACUCCUUCAAAAGAAAUCAAGAUGAAAUUGUUAGAGGAUAGAUUAGUAUUAGGUUCAAUUAUUGGGAAUUUAGAAAGUUCUUUGUUACUUAGAAGUUUACGUACUUAUGAAUUAAGAAUUUUAAGACAAUCUAAAUCUGCUGAAUUAAUUGUUAAAUUCUUAAAUGAUAAUAAAUCAAAAUUCCCAAAUUUAGAUAAAAUUUAUCAUGGUUCUUUACAAACUGAUGAAUAUAUCAAGAAACAAAUGCCAAAUGGUCAUUCGCCGGUAUUUUCAAUUGAAAUGACCCUGGAAGAUAAGGCAAGAAGAUUACCUUCUAAAUUAAAGAUAUUUUUCCAUGCAACCAGUUUAGGAGGGGCUGAGAGUUUGAUUGAAUGGAGAGCAAUGAGUGAUGCUCAUAUUAGUCAGAAAUUGUUAAGAGUUAGUAUUGGGUUAGAAGAUCCGAGGGAUUUACUUGCUGAUUUGGUUCAAGGGUUGGCUGAGCAAAAAGAUGAUGAAUUGAUCAGUCAAAUUGAAGCAUUAAGUAUUUGA